GUCCAUGUGGCGGCCUCUCACUCUGACAAAAAUGGCGCCUAUCGCCACGGCCACCACGAGCAUCAUGCUGGAGCUCCGCAAGUACCUCAUGCUCAUGGCCAUCCUGGCGGCGACAGUGACCUACGUCGCCGGGCUCAACCCACCGGGCGGCGUGUGGCUGCGCACCGAGGACGGCCACCUCACAGGCGACCAGAUCCUCGUCCUCACGGGCCGCCGCCGCUACGACGCCUUCUACUACAGCAACGCCGCCGCAUUCAUGGCCUCCAUCGUCGUCAUCCUCCUCCUGCUCCUCAUGGAGCGGAGGAUUGGCACGAGCAACAGGCUGCUCGUCCUCGCCGCGCUCCGAGUGGUCAUGGUGCUCGACUUCUUCGCGGUCAUGGUGGCCUACGCCGCCGGAGCCAGCCGGGGCACGGCCACAACAAUCGUCGCCUCGCUGCUGGUUUCCACGGUCUCGGUCUACAUCACGGGCUACGCCGCGUACCGUGCGCUCUUCAGGCCUAGACCACCGCCAGAGUCCCCCGGCGACGCGACGCUUAACCUUAGGCUCGAGCGGCGGCGCAAGACCCUCAUGCUCUUCUGCAUCUUCGCGGCAACCGUCACCUACUCGGCGGGGCUGAACCCGCCGGGCGGCUUCUGGCCUGACAGUCGGGAAGGCAGCCAUCCUGGCAGCCCGGUUCUCGAGGAAGAUCACCACACGCGGCGCUUCAUCACCUUCUUCGUCUGCAACACCGCCGCGUUCAUCGCGUCACUAAGGGGCAUCAUGCUCCUCACCACCAUCAGAAGCAAGUUCAAGGACGGCGACGGCAACGGGCGGUGGUGGUACGUCCUCUACGGGCACGUCGUGGUGGCGCUGAGAGGCCUCCUCGUCGCCUACGGCUUCGGAAGCUGCAGGGAGACUCACUCCACUGUCUACGUCUUUGGACUGGUCUUCCCUGUUGUCGCCUACACUGGCAUCCAAUUCGUUAUCCAGAGAUACUGCUGGAAUAAGCUCGUGGACCUUGCGGAUAAAAUACAUAGGCGUUUAAGCUCAUACUGGACCAGCCUAAGACUGAGUUUGCGCUCAUGCUGGAGAAGCAUAUGCUCUUGCUUGAUCGAUCCUGAUGAGCAAACCACGGUAGAAGAUGAUGAUGGACUUGGAACAGAGACGACGCCGGUAAAGAGGGCUCACACCGCAGUGCUGCUUCUUGCCACCCUCUCGGCGACCAUCACGUACCAAGCAGGGAUGAACCCACCGGGUGGCUUCUGGCCUGACAGCCGCGACGGACACGCCAGCGGCGACCCGAUCCUCCUAACUACGCACGCGAAACGCUACAAGGUCUUCUUCGCCUUCAACUCCCUGGCGCUCGUGACCUCCAUCAUUGUCAUCGCCAUGGUCCUGACAAGGCGCACGUCCAGCGCCGUCCACAGGCACCACGCGCUGGAGGUCACCAUGAUCCUCGACCUGCUCAGCCUCGUGGUCGCCUACACCGUUGGGUGUGGUCGCGACGUGAACACUUCCGUCCGAGUGAUCGCCCUGGCUGGUGGCGUCCUGGUCUGCGUCGUGAUCCACAUUGUAUUUUUCACGCUCAAAAACAGGAGAGAGACGCCGGAGCUGCUGAAGAAGAAGCGCAAGCUGCUGCUGCUGUUUGCCAUCCUGGUCGUCACCAUCACCUACCAGGCUGGGCUCACUCCACCAGGGGGCUUCUGGCUCGAGGACGAUGCCGAUCACCACGCCGCAGGCUACACCGUGCUCUCCAACACUUACCCGCACCGUUACACAGCCUUCUUCUACUGCAACGCGGUGAGCUUCAUGUCCUCGGUGGCGACCAUCAUCCUGCAGGUGAAUCCGCACAUGUACGAGCUGGGCAUCAUGUGCCAGGCGCUCUACCUGUGCGCGGUAUCGGCAUUGUUCGGCCUCAUUGGGGCAUACGCCGCCGGAAGCUCUCGUCGCCUAGGAACGUCUCUCUCUGUGGUUGAACUGGCAGCCGGUGUGUUUGUCUUCAUCGUCAUGCUGCUCCUAGCACUCAAGUUUCUGAGUAGAUGCAAGAUAUUCUGCCACGGAAGCAAUGAGUUGCCACCGCAGCCACAGGAAGCAAGGGAAGAGGAGCCCCAGCCCAAGGAAGAAGACAAUGUAACGGAGGAAGGCGACUCCGACGAGACCCAGCCCAAGGAAGAAGAAGACAAUGUAAUGGAGGAAGAUGACUCCAACGAGGAGACCCAGCCCCAGCCCGAGGAAGGAGGAGACCACUCUGAUGAGGAGUCCCAGACCCAGCCCCAAGUAGGUGGGGGAGACGACUCAGACGACAGAGACACUGCUAGAUACACCACGCGCAAGUACCUGAUGCUGGUGAGCAUCCUAGUGGCGAGCGUCACCUACCAAGCCGGUCUCAUCCCGCCAGGUGGGGUAUGGCCAGAUAGUGUCAACGGGCAUACUGCGGGCAACCCGGUCCUGCAUGACAGCAACGAGCGCCGGUACAGCUUGUUCUUCUACAGCAACUCCGUCUCCUUCCUGGCAUCCAUCGUCGUCAUCUUCCUGCUACAGCUGGAUGAGCCGCUGUUUGCCCGGAAGGCCAGGUCGCCUUCCACAGCUGGAGGAGCCCCCACAUGUCGUAGCAAGUCCGACGAGCUGCUCCGGGUGGCGCAGUCCUCCAUCCUGCUGGCCCUUCUUUUCCUGCUCAUCGCCUACGCCUCAGGCUGCAGCCGUAGGUGGGAGAUUUUUGGGUACGUCGUCGUGCUCACCGUCGCCGUGCUGCUCUACAUCACCAUCCAUGUGCUGUUGUCAUGCCGUGACGAGAAACCUGGACAAGUAACACCUCUGGCUCAGGAGGCUGAGCAGGCUCGUGGUAGUAGCCACUGUACUGACGGGCUGUGCAGAUGUAAAUGCCAUGAGAAGGACGGGGAAAGAAUGCAGGAGGAAAGCGAGGUCUAG